GUUUCUGCUGCGAGUUUGUUAAUUUAUUUUCGAAGUAAUUUUGUUGUUUUUGAAAGUACAAUCCCUUCUAAAACGCAUAUAGUUUGCAGCUGCGAUGAACUUGCAGUUACUAGAAUCAUUCGGCCAGAACUACCCGGAAGAAUUCGACGGUUCGCUGGACUGUAUCUCGCUAGCGGUUACAUGUGCUUUCAACAAGUACGGAACGCUGCUUGCCGUAGGUUGCAACGAUGGUCGGAUAGUGGUGUGGGACUUCCUGACGAGAGGUAUCGCCAAGAUCAUUUCCGCUCACGUUCAUCCGGUGUGCAGUUUGUGCUGGUCCCGAAACGGUCACAAGCUGCUGUCAGCGUCUACGGAUAAUAAUGUGUGCAUCUGGGAUGUACUGAGCGGUGACUGCGAACACAAGUACCGGUUUCCGUCGCCGAUUCUGAAGGUUCAGUUUCAUCCGAGGAAUGAUAAUAAAUUUCUGGUCUGUCCCAUGCGCUAUGCUGCCGUGCUGGUCGACAUCGGGGGUAAACAUCAGUGUUUGCCGUUGGAUAAUGAUGGGGACUUGAACAUAGUAGCUUCAUUUGACCGAAGGGGCGAGCAUAUCUAUUCGGGCAAUGCUAAAGGAAAGAUUCUCGUACUUAAUUCUAAUACUCUGGAGAUUGUUGCAAGUUUUAAAAUUGCUGUAGGAACUUCAAGUGCAACUGCGGUGAAAAGUAUAGAAUUCGCGAGAAGGGGAGAAGCAUUUUUGGUAAACACAUCCGAUCGUGUCAUCCGGGUAUACGAUUCGAAAGAGGUUGUAACCUGCGGAAAGGAAGGGGAGCCAGAACCGAUUCAGAAGCUUCAAGAUCUUGUGAACAAAACCACAUGGAAAAAAUGUUGUUUCUCAGGAGAUGGUGAGUAUAUUUGUGCUGGGAGUGCUCGGCAACAUGCCCUUUAUGUUUGGGAGAAGUCUAUCGGAAAUCUUGUAAAGAUUUUACACGGAACAAAGGGAGAACUUCUGUUGGAUGUUGUUUGGCAUCCAGUUCGACCAAUCAUAGCUAGUAUUAGUUCUGGAUUGGUUUCAAUCUGGGCUCAAAAUCAGGUGGAAAAUUGGUCCGCAUUUGCGCCAGACUUCAAAGAACUGGACGAAAACGUUGAGUAUGAAGAGCGCGAGUCGGAGUUCGAUAUUACGGAUGAGGAUAAAUCAGUCGAUCUUGCUGCGGAAUCUAAGCACGAUGAAGAAGUUGAGGUUGACGUUGUUUCUGCGGAACCGAUAGCGGCAUUUUGUUCCUCGGAUGAAGAAUACGAAGACGAGAAUGCCCUCCAAUUUCUACCAAUGGCUCCGGAAGUGGAAGAUCCAGAGGACGGUUGGGGUUCUCAGGAUAAUUCAGAAUCACUACUCACUGGUUUCAAUAAUAAUCCAACCGAACAUGACCCGCUUUCGAUGAAGGAAAAUGAACCUUCCUCCAAGAAACGUAAGGCCAGUUUGUAUGACAUUACGUUGGAUAAUGCUCCAAUUGAAGACGUGCAUCCUCUGCUACAGAAUAAAGCAAAUAAGGAUAAAGCGACAGCCGCCAAUAAAAAGGCAGCCGGACGGCCCAGAAAGUGAAAGUUUUCGUAUGCUUCCGUUUACGUAAGUUUAAUUUUCAGUUUUCUGUGAUCUCCCAUGGUUUAUGAGUCGAAACCGGUACAAAUUCAGGUUCACAAUGAAAACAUUUUUAAUUUAAAAUUGCAAUUGCAUUUGUUUGAUUUGUAA